GGUGGCGGGGUGGGCUGUGUGGACACCAGCAUGGGGCUGCUAGCUAAGCAGAGCUGGAGAGGAUCCUGGUCCUGGCCCCUGAGAAGGUGGCAGCGGGCAGGGCUCGAGCAGAGAUUCAUUAUCUGGCUCCCAGCCAACAUCUACCUAUCUCUGUCUACAAGAGAAGACUGGGCUUGCAGAGUGCAGGGCUCCAAGCUGGGCUGCAGAGUUGGUGGUGAGCCUCUUGGCUGAGUGUGUGUGGUGUGUAUGUGUUGUGCAUUGGGUGUGUGCGUGGAGGGCCAGGCAGCACGUGUGGUAUGUGCACUAUGAGUGUGAUAUAUCCCAGAAGUAGGACGUGUGUCCUGUGCAUAACACCUAUAGCAUGUGCCCUGUGUGCAUGUGUGUGUGUGUCUUGAGCAGUGAUAUGUCUAGCAUGUGUGCCAAGUACCAUGUGUGUGACCUGCCCCAGAAGUUGUGACUUUAGCCCUGUGCAUUGGCAUGUGGUUAUGUUGUCAGAGGGACAGCAGCUUGUGCAAGCCUGUGUUGAAGUGCUCGUGCAGCAUGUUGUUGGGUGCAGGGGGCUCUCAGAUGGAACUGAGGGGCUCACUAACUUCUGCUGUCUACCCAUAGAGCCCUGCCUGGCCCCCAGCCUAGAGCAACAAGAGCAGGAGUUGACCAUUGCCCUUGGACAGCCUGUGCGGCUGUGCUGUGGGCUGGGUGAGCGUGGUGGCCACUGGUACAAGGAGGGUAGCCGCCUGGCACCUGCUGGCCGGGUACGGAGCUGGAGGGGCCGGCUAGAGAUUGCUGCCUUCCUGCCGGAGGAUGCUGGCCACUACCUCUGUCUGGCACGCAGCUCCAUGAUUGUCCUACACAAUCUCACCUUGGUUGCAGAUGAUUCCUUGACUCCAAGCAAUGAUGAUGAAGACCCCAAGGUCAACAGAGGCUCCUCAAAUGGGCAUAUUUACCUCCAGCAAGCACCUUACUGGACACAUCCCCAGCGUAUGGAGAAAAAAUUGCAUGCAGUACCUGCUGGGAACACCGUUAAGUUCCGCUGUCCAGCUGCAGGCAACCCCAUGCCCACCAUCCACUGGCUCAAAGAUGGACACGCUUUCCAUGGGGAGAAUCGCAUUGGGGGCAUUCGACUGCGCCACCAGCACUGGAGCCUGGUGAUGGAAAGUGUGGUACCCUCGGAUCGUGGCACGUACACCUGCCUUGUGGAGAACCCUUUGGGCAGCAUCCGUUACAGCUAUUUACUGGAUGUGCUGGAGCGGUCCCCGCACCGGCCCAUCCUGCAGGCGGGGCUUCCAGCCAACACCACAGCUGUGGCAGGCAGCGAUGUGGAGCUACUGUGCAAGGUGUACAGCGAUGCCCAGCCCCACAUCCAAUGGCUGAAGCACAUCGUCAUCAAUGGCAGCAGCUUCGGUGCCGAUGGCUUCCCCUACGUCCAGGUCCUAAAGACAGCAGACAUCAAUAGCUCCGAGGUGGAAGUCCUGUACCUACGGAAUGUGUCAGCCGAGGACGCAGGCGAGUACACCUGCCUGGCAGGCAACUCCAUUGGCCUCUCCUACCAGUCAGCCUGGCUCACGGUGCUGCCAGAGGAAGACCCCACCAGGACAGCAGCAGCGUCCGAGGUUAGGUAUACAGACAUCAUUCUGUAUUCGUCGGGCUCCCUGGCUUUGGCUGUGCUGCUGCUGCUGGCCGGGCUGUAUCGUGGGCAGGCACUCCACAGCCAGCAUUCCCGCCAGCCCGCCACUGUGCAAAAGUUGUCCCGCUUCCCUUUGGGCCGACAGUCCGGCUCCUCUGGCAAGUCAAGCUCAUCCCUGGUUCGAGGUGUCCGGCUCUCCUCCAGUGGCCCCCCCUUGCUUGCUGGUCUCGUGAAUCUUGACCUACCUCUGGACCCACUGUGGGAGUUCCCCCGGGACAGGCUGGUGCUCGGGAAGCCCCUAGGUGAGGGCUGCUUUGGGCAGGUGGUGCGGGCAGAGGCUGUCGGCAUGGAUCCUGCCCAACCUGACCAGACAAGCACCGUGGCUGUCAAGAUGCUCAAAGACAAUGCCUCUGACAAGGACUUAGCAGACCUGGUCUCUGAGAUGGAAGUGAUGAAGCUCAUUGGCCGACACAAGAAUAUCAUCAACCUGCUGGGUGUCUGCACCCAGGAAGGGCCCCUGUAUGUGAUCGUGGAGUGUGCUGCCAAGGGCAACCUGCGGGAGUUCCUUCGUGCCCGGCGUCCUCCAGGCCCUGACCUCAGCCCUGAUGGGCCACGGAGCAGCGAGGGGCCCCUGUCCUUCCCCGCUCUGGUCUCCUGUGCCUACCAGGUGGCCCGAGGCAUGCAGUAUCUGGAGUCACGGAAGUGCAUCCACCGGGACCUGGCUGCCCGCAAUGUGCUGGUGACUGAGGAUAAUGUCAUGAAGAUUGCUGACUUCGGGCUGGCCCGUGGUGUCCACCACAUUGAUUACUACAAGAAAACCAGCAACGGCCGCCUGCCGGUUAAGUGGAUGGCACCAGAGGCCUUGUUUGAUCGCGUGUACACACACCAGAGUGAUGUGUGGUCAUUUGGGAUCCUGCUCUGGGAGAUCUUCACACUCGGGGGCUCCCCAUAUCCUGGCAUCCCUGUGGAAGAGCUGUUCUCACUGUUGCGGGAAGGGCAUCGGAUGGAUCGGCCCCCCACCUGCCCCCCGGAACUGUACGGUCUGAUGCGUGAGUGCUGGCAUGCGGCGCCCUCUCAGAGGCCCACUUUCAAGCAGCUGGUGGAAGCACUGGACAAAGUCCUGCUGGCUGUCUCCGAGGAGUACCUUGACCUCCGCCUGACCUUUGGACCCUACUCCCCUUCUGGUGGGGAUGCCAGCAGUACCUGCUCCUCCAGUGAUUCUGUCUUCAGCCAUGACCCCCUGCCACUGGGACCAAACCCCUUCCCCUUCCCUGGAGUACAGACAUGACCAGCAGCAUGAAGUUAUUUGGGCAGGUAGGCCAGUGGCCUUGGGCCACCUGGCUCAGCCAUACCUGACACAGCAUUUGACUUUGGCAGCCCCAGAGACCUGUCAAGAGUGCCAUCCCAUACCUCUGGGUCUCCUUUGGUUUGGUUUGGUUGUGUUGUGUUCAUUUGAGAGAGUCUCACUAUGUAGUCCAGGCUUAGCAUGUAGUUCAGUCUGGCCUUGAACUCAGAGCUGUCCUCCUGCCUUGGUCUCUGGAGUGCUGGGAUUACAGACCUGUACCACCACACCUGGCUGGUUCCCUUUGGGAAGGUGCGUCUGGGACAUCCUCCGGUGCCUAACUAAAGCUUCUGCUCUGUCUUUGGUUCCCAGCCCAGAGUCCGCCCAUGUCCCAACAUCCUGCCUGCACCUUGGAGUUGAGGUGCCAGUGCCCUCUCAGGGUCUUGACUUUGGCACUCAGUUCCUGCUCCUGGGCUUGGCUGGCCUGGCCACAGAAAUGCUGCUGUCCUACCCUGCCUGCUCCACAACACGAGAGGUUAAAGACCUCUGACCUCCAUUUCCCCAAGUCCCCUCUGCCCUGCCCCCCUGCUUGUCCCAGUAUCUUGGUGGAAAGAGCAUUGGUUCUCAUGCCCCUGGGAGACUGGAAACCUGCCAGAAGCACAGGACCAGAUGACCUUUUAUAAAUUAUUGUUUUUGAAAUAAA